UUCCCUAAUGAGAAAAUCUGUGUCACGGAAAAAGCAAACCUUUAAUUUUUUGCCUCAAACAGGUGGCGCGCAACACCGGCGGCGAUAUCUCUCACCGCUGAAAUGCCUCUCCCAAACCCCAACUCCUCCCUCAUUUCCCUCUCAUUCUCCUUCCUGCUACUACUUUCCCUCUCCUCAAAUGUCGGAUGCAUCGGCGUCAACUGGGGAACGGCGGCGUCGCACCCUCUGCCGCCGCCCAAGGUGGUGGAGCUUCUUAAGGCCAACGGCGUCGGCAAAGUGAAGCUGCUCGACGCCGAUCCGCUGGUUCUCCAGUCUCUCUCCGGCUCCAGAAUCCGCGUGACCGUUGGCAUUCCGAACACCAUGCUUCGCAGCCUCAACGCUUCGCUCAAGGCCGCCCAGAGCUGGGUGCACGAUAACCUCACCCGCUUUGUUUCCGAUGGCGCCUCCAGAGUCCUCAUUGAUUAUGUUGCUAUCGGAGACGAGCCUUUCCUCCAAAGCUAUGGCGACCAGUUCCACCCCUUUGCCACUGGAGCAGCUGCCAACAUCCAAACAGCGUUGCUCAAGGCUAACUUGGCUGAAAAGGUGAAAGUUGUUGGAACCUGCAGUUUCGAUGCUUUUGUAUCAGAAACUGGCCUGCCAUCAAAAGCGCGUUUUAGGCCAUCAGUCAAUAGAACCAUGAUUGAGCUCCUCACUUUUUUGAACAGACAUAGAUCUCCGUUUUUCGUAUCCCUAACCCCCUUCCAGAGCUACCAAAAUAACAAGAACAUUUCACUUGACUUUUCUCUUUUCAGAGAAAGAGCACGGCCCCAAAAUGAUAGCCACAAGACCUACAGAAACAGCUUCGACAUGAGCUAUGAUUCCAUCAUUUCAGCCCUAUCCGGUGCUGGAUUCCCCCAGACAGACGUAGUCAUUGGGCGAAUUGGUUGGCCCACUGACGGUGCUCCAAAUGCUACCUCUUCUCUUGCCGAGGAAUUCACUAAAGGCUUGAUCAACCACCUCCAGAGCAACGCAGCAAAAUCUUCUAAGCGACAAGCCUUGCCAACAGAAAUAUACAUCUCUGGCCUUUUGGACGAAGAUAACAGAAGCUUAGCUACAGGUAGCUUUGAGAGGCAUUGGGGUGUGUUCACAUUCGAUGGCCAAGCAAAAUAUCAAGUCGACCUUGGGCAGGGAUCAAAGAAACUGGUGAAUGCUCAAGGCGUGCAGUACCUCUCUCCCAGAUGGUGUGUUGUGAACAACAACAAAGACUUGUCAAACGCGACAGCACUUGCCUCCGAGGCGUGUGCUGGUGCUGCAGACUGCACUGCAGCGUCGCCAGGUGGUUCGUGCUUCAACCUUAGCUGGCCUGGCAAUGUCUCGUAUGCGUUCAACAGUUACUAUCAGCAGCAUGGUCAAAAUGCAGAUAGCUGUGGUUUCUCGGGCUUGGGAUUGAUCACUACUGUCAAUCCAUCCAUUGGUGCGUGCAGGUUUAUUGUCGGACUCAAGACAUCACUUUCGAUCUCCCUACAGGAAUCUGCGCGUGUCUGUCAAUUUAUACCGCCAACAGUAACUGUCUUGCUGUGGUUGCUUGCUGAGUUAUGGUCGUAGACCUUGGUUAAUGUUUUGAGGAUUCAUGGUUGUACUUUCAUUAUUUUGGUGCGUGUAACCAAAUUUUCAAUUGUAUCUAUACUAUGCUACUUUCUACUAGUCAGGUUGCAUCGUUAGUGUAACAUUUUAGAAAUGGUGAGAAUUUUGAUGUAUUUUUAUACUACCAUUUUGAGUUUAAGAGACGAGUUGGUUGUCUCAGGACUCAUUCGAAGUUUGGUAUGGAUUAUUAUUAUUGAUGUGCAA